CCUUUUCUCGAGGAGGUGGAAAGGCCCCAGGCGGUGGCGGUGGCGGCGUCGUUGUCGUCGUUAUUCCGAGGCAGGGCUGUUUGGCCCAACCGAUUCUUGCUGUGUCUGUACGCGGUGGGCUUUCUGGAUUUCUUUGGUGUCAGUAUGGUUGUUCCCUUGUUAAACCUUCAUGUGAAAUCUUUAGGAGUGAGUUCAACAAUUGCAGGAGUGGUAGGAUCUUUAUAUGGAAUACUCCAACUCUUUUCCAGCACCUUAGUGGGAUCUUGGAGUGAUCUAGUUGGAAGACCUCAUUGCCUACUUGUAUGCAUUCUCUUCAGUGCAAUAGGUUAUUUUGUGCUUAGUAUAUCCACCAAUGUCUUUUUAUUUGCCAUUGCUCGGACCUUUGUGGGUAUUUUCAAACAUACACAUUCCGUUUCCAAAGUACUCAUUUCUGACAUGGUUCCUAAGAAGGAGCGCCUCUUAGUAAUUGGAUAUUUCAAUGCUAUUUCGAAUUUUGGUUUCAUUUUGGGACCAGUUGUUGGAGGCUAUCUUACAGAGAUGGAAGGUGGCUUUUACCUGACUGCAUUCAUCUGUGCUUCCAUCUUUGUCUUGAAUGCUGUUGUUUUUUGGAUGUUGCUACGAUAUGGAAAAAAGAUGCACAGUCAUGAAUGGACCAUGAUUAACAAAGCCAGAAGUAUUAUUUCAGAAGAAGUAAAGCACAGCCAUCAGACUACAACUUCAGCUUACAAAGCUAUGUCAUCUGUUCAUCGUAGGAACUCCUCUUGCAUUGAAGUUAUGUCUGUGCUGAAGAGGUUGGGCAGUGUUGCAAAUUCUAAUCUGUGGGAUAUUUUUUUGGUACGGCUCCUGAUGUCUGUUGCGGUUAUGCUCUAUCAUAGCAAUUUUGUCUUGGGCCUUGAAGAAAGGUUUGAAAUGAAGCCCAAACUCACUGGCUACCUAAUUAGCUAUAGUAGCACACUUGGAGUAGCUGCUGGCUUUCUCCUUGGACCUAUCACUAAAUAUUAUAGGCACAAUACUUUUGCUAUGUUAUUGCACUCUACACUUCUUACCUGCCUGUUUAUGUUUCUGUAUUCUGUAUCAGAAAGUCUUUGGACACUCAUUUUGUCUUGUACAUUUUUAGCAUUUUCAACCACUGUGGGACGUACAUGUAUUACAGAACUUGAAUUAAUCCUGGGUGGGGAUCAGGCCAGUGGUAUGCUUAUUGGUGUUGGUCAGUCUGUUUCAGCUGUGGGUCGCAUAAUUUCCCCUCUUCUCUCAGGUGUUGUGCAGGAAUACAGUCCACGUGGCCCACCAAUUCUUGGAAGUCUGUUGGGGAUUUCAGCAAUUCUUAUCAUGGUCUUUAAUAAGUCACGAUAUUCUGUCAGAAGGACCAUGAAAUUUAAAAGUAUGUAAUGACUUAUUUACAGUGAUUUCCUUAAAAAAAACCAGAAAAACUCUCAAAGGAAUGUUCUUCAAUGUAGGGAAAAUAGAAAAUUAUAAAACAGAGCGAUAACAUUUUAAAUCAAACUGAAAUCCUUUAAAGAAAAAGAGGAACCCAUGUUUUCAGCUUCCUCGUGUUUAUGUAGAAUUUGGACCAGGGAUUUUUUGAUGGCACGUAAUACCAUUUUUCAAACCUUUAUUAAAUGUUGCUUUGAACAUCAGUGAAGAAAAUGGAAGAACAACUGCCAUUCCAGCAGAUAUUCACUCUCACUGCAUAAAGGCUUUGAAGAGAUGUUAAUUUGCUUAAUGGCAAGUUGGUUGUUGAGUUUAACCCCCAAAGGAUGACUUUGUAUUUAAAAAUAGCAUUCAUUUCUCAGUCAGAAACAGAUUUGUUCAAAUUCUUCUAAAAUGAGUAUUGGAACUGAAAACUAUUUUUGAUCAUUCAGUUAUCAAGAUUUCACCAGGUGAAUCGAGCUCCUUUUAAAAGUACAUAUUUAAGUAGUCACAGUUCUGUUUCCAUAGUCUCUUUCUUCUUCAUAUCAAAGAUCAGCUGCUUCAAUUGAAACAUUUGUUUAAUCAAGCUCCUCACAGUUUGAAUACAAGCUGCUAUUUAUUUAAUACAAAUUUGACAUUGACAAAGCCUUGUAAAAGUGCUCACUGCUGAACAUAACUUACCAACUUCAUGCUAGAGCCUUCCAUAUGAAGACUAAUAUAUUUCUUUGCAGCUGGAGAAAGGCACAGCUUUCAUCCAGUGUGAUAGGUCAGAAUAAUACAACUCUGUUUUAAUAUUUGGAGGAGAGGAGUAUGAUUUUGCAAAAGGAAAUGUUUCUAAAGAGAAUUGAUUUCACAUUCAAAGUAUUUCACAUUAACAGUAUUUGUAGAUUUAUCUAGCUGAUUAAAAGAAAAUAAGAAAGAAGGAAAUAUACAUUAUGUUCUUACCAUGAAAUUCUGAUUAUUUCUAUCAUCAGCCUUACUCUUAUUAAUGUUUUUCAACUUUUGUAUUGAACACUCUUCAACUCUGUUUUUCACAUUUUAAAAUGUAUAGACUUUUAUUCCCAGAAUUCCAGUAAACUCAACAUCCAAUGUCAAAGUUGAUUUGCUCAUAACCCAAAUAAUACUCAACAAACUUUCUUGUGAAAUUCAAUCCAGAAAUCUUGAGUUGGUUACUUAAUAUUAUGUAACAAAAGUAUUUGAAAAAUAUUCAACAUACUUUUGGAGUACUUGAAAGCCUCUAAGAAGUUGUACUCAGGGAUUUUGUGCUAUGGUACUAUUUGAGAUGGUUUUGAAUUGAUUCUACAAAGGUUUGGUUUCAAAAUUGCACUUCAAUAUUGGUAAUGGAAAAUAAAAGGAAAAAGUAAACCAAGAUGAUCUAUAUGUCAUUUGUUCAGUUGCUGUCCCAUGUGAUAUAUAAAUGUAUAUUCGUUGUUUGGUAUAUGUUGCAUUCCCAUUUCAAGAGGAUUAUAUCAUUUUCAUCAAACAGAACACUAUAUUGCUCUUGAAAUAAAGCAGCAAAAGUUUUACUGUCUUGACUAAACAUUUUGAAGAAGUUUUAUUCUAGCAGGCUAUAUUGCUGUCCUGUUCUCACUUUGUUUCGAUAUAUUGUAUCUUUGAGGGUUUGGGAUGUAGACAACAGUAUGUUGGCUUAUAAUAUUGCCUCUAGAUUGGAGAACUAGAUGUUUGCAUAGAAUAGCAUGAAUAUGCUCAAAUAAAAAUAAGCAAUUGUGUUUAUGGCAUACUGUUCAAAUGUGCUAAAAUUAGCCAGUACCAUCCU